UACGUCAAACAACAUCCUGUCCUUUCCUUCACAGGUCAAAAAUGAUUGCGCUCCGACGAUUUCGAUCUUUACAAUUUCCAUUUACGCAGUUUGCAGGCACACCAGAAGAAUGUCUCAGAAGUCUCUCAUCCUCGGCCAGUGUUAUCCAGAAGAGUGAUGACAUGCCUUUACAGAUGGAGAAUCCCUACAAACAACCUCAGAAAGGCUGCAUUCUCUGUAACAUCACAGUGGACUUCAAGAAUGUUCAGCUGCUGUCACAGUUUAUAUCCCCGCACUCAGGAAGAAUUUAUGGCAGGCACAUAACAGGACUGUGUGCUAAGAAACAAAGGGAGAUAUCCAAAGCUGUAAAGAAAGCCCAUUCGAUGGGAUUCAUGUCUGUAACCCACAAAGACCCACAUUUUAUGAAAGAUCCAAACGUCUGUGACGUCCGGCACUUGGAGUAACUUUCACUGUGUACUAGUCUAGCAUAAAUACUGUAACUUGUAUUAAAAUAUUUCUCAAUAUGUCA